AUGACGUUGGUAUGGAGUACACUACACGACGUCGUGUGGAAGGCAGUUAUGAAGGAACUGUUGUUCAGUCGGAACAGGCAUGCCCCGGGAGGGGGAAGGCCCAAUAGUUCCCCUUAUGUGGCGGAGGGGGUUGCCUUGCAUAAGAAUACCCUAGACGUUCUGGCCCGGGGACCAAAGUAUAGUCCACGGAGCAAGGUUUCAUCAGAAGAGAUGGUGGCGUUCACUAGGAAGAUAGCUCUAAAAUGCCCGCCAAACGCCCAAGUAGCAGUGUCGGACCAGUGCAUUGAUGCAGUGACGACUUUACGAGAUCAAGGUGCAAUUCGAUCGAGCCUGAAUUUAUCGUCAGUGAAAAGGGAUCUGAAAACAAAUGGUUGUUGUCUACUUCAGGCGGACAAGGAGGGAAGAUUUGUGGUUCUUCCACAAGGGGAGUUUCAACAGAAGGCGCUGCAGGCCCUUAAUAAGAAUUUCAUGGCCUUGUCUGAAGAAGACAUCAGGGGGUUCAGGAGGUUGGCCAUCGCAGCUCUAGAGGAUGCCGGCAUGCCGGGCACCGUUAACCAAGUAAAGAAGUGUAUGAAGACCCAUCUUGACGUCUUCUUCACAGCGAAAACUCACAAGCAAGGGUUACCUUUCCGUCCGAUUGUGUCUGAGCGAGGGUCCUGGCAGUCCUACGUCUCCAGUGUUCUACGCAAGGGCCUCAACAUCGUUGAAGUCAAUGACCCUUACUACCUGUCGCGGUCGGAAGAGGUCACCGCGUUUCUGGGUUCUUUAAGGGAGGAGAAGUAUGACUUUCGAUCCUUUGACGUCGAAGACAUGUUUUUCAACUUGGACACUGGACUUCUUCUCAGGCUGGUGGAGGAGGAGCUGGACAGGGUAAACCCGGUCACGUUUUCCACUGAAACCGGGAUGUCCUCGCGGAGUUUCGUGGAGCUACUACACAUUUAUUUAUUGUCCACCACAGUUGAGUUCCAGAAGGGAAUAUACCGGCAAAAGAAGGGGGUGUGCAUCGGGUCCAGGAUAGCCCCGGCCCUAAGCAACAUAUACCUGGCGGCGUUCGAUAGGCAACUUCAGGGAAGACUACAAAGGGCUGCACCCAACAUGCUACGAAUUUGUAGGUACGUGGACGAUUACCUUCUGGUUUCGGUGGGGGAAGUGGACUGGGUCCCUGUGUUGCGGCUGUUCCAGACCAACGAGUACGGGUUAAAAUUUACCCUGGAGGAACCCGCGAGGGACACGUUGCAGUUCUUGGACUUGAGGCUGAUUAGAGAAGCCCGACACCUGUGCUGGAUGUACGGUCAGAGGACGGAAAAACCGUUACUCCCCUUCAAUUCGAACCACACGAAGAUGGUGAAGAUGGGCAUCGUAAACAGCUUGGUGAGGGCAUGCGUUGUCAAGAGUUGUCAACAUCGAGUCGAGGCAAGCCUGAGGGAGCAGCUGCUAAGACUUUCGCGAGCAGGGUACCCGAUCGAUUUUACCAGAGGAGUGGUCAGGCGUCUUCUGAAGGGCUCAAGGGGCUCCGGUACAGGUCGGGAGGAGCGGCCCGAGAAGACGGUGGUGAUCCCGUAUGUGCAUGGAGCAACGCACCGACUGGUAAAAGUGGCACAAAAACAAGGGAUUAAGAUUGUGCCCACUGUUAGGAGCAAACUGAGUUCAUUGCCGGGAUGGGGCGCGGCAGAGGAUGCCAGACCGACUUGCAGGGUAAGACACAGGAACAGAUUCGUGGAGUGUUGCGCGGGUGUAGUGUACUCCAUACCAACGUCAUGCGGUCGACAGUAUGUAGGAGAAACCUCUAGGUGUUUGAAUGACCGGAUCCGAGAGCAUCGAAACAAGGUGGACAAGAAAGAUGAAGAGGGAUCUCGGCUUGCAGGCCACGUCAUUUAUUGCCGGUGCCAACCCCAGUACGGCCAGACAAAAGUCUUAUACAGAUCUAAAGACGUUCAUGUGCGGCAUGUGUUAGAGACAAAGACGAUAAUGCAACUUAAAGAUAAAUGCGUCAGUGCUGCGACGGCGACCCUGACAGAGAAACAGCAACACCUUAUCAACUCCGAACGGGUGUUCUGA